GACUAUACCUUCUCCCUGCCAUCAGGCUACUUGCUCAGCCCUUCUGAGACAGCACCUCCAUUCUCUGGCGGAAUGCAUGCUCUCGAUGGUGUCCCCUUCAAGGUGCCCAAGGGUUUUGUGAUGGAUACAGAGCCCCAGCCUGCACCUGAACUCAGUGUCCGGGACUGUAGAGAACUUCUGCUGGGCUCCAUGUAUGACUUCAGCCUGGAAAGGAAGGCUCUCUUCUGGGUGGAAGCAGCCCUCCGAGGACCUUUCCCCCACCAGGGCAGUGACGGGGGGAUUGCAUCAGCCCCUCCGGCCUGGUUGUUACUGGUCAAUCCAAACUACAAUCUGGGACCUACACCUGCUGAAGUCAGAGACCCAGAGGUUGGACUCCAAGCACCUCCCCAGGAGGAGGAAGAAGAAAUAGGUGAGAAGGGGCACGAGGCAGGUGCUUCCUCCACCAGCGCCAGCGAGGAGGAGGUGGACUCCAGCAACGCUCCGCUCGGCUCCCCCACAAGCCACCGCCGCUGCUCCCUGGACGUGCUCCGACACAUGCGGUCUGGGCUGGCUGGCGCCGGGCGGCGGCUCUCGGAGAGCAAGCUGGCCGCUUGUCCGCGAGCGCUGCUGCACCGCUUCCGUGACCACCGCGCGCUGAGCCUGCACGCCAGCCUGGCGCCGGCCCCUGGCCCAGCGCCGCAGCCCCCCGACGUCCCCGAGCUGCCCCCACGACCCUCCACCGCCGGCGCCAUGCCUCCGCUGAGGAGCCACAAGCCCAUGGUCGCUUCCCUCAGCCGGUACACCUGCCUGCCACCUCUUAGGGAGACACCCCAGCCCCUCAUCUCCUGUGGAGUGCACCCUGAUCCAGCAAAUGACCUGCUGUCUGCCCUGACCAAAGAGGAGCAAGACCUCAUCGGGCCAGUGGUCGCCUUGGGCUAUCCCCUGGGAAGGGCCAUUGUGGCUCUGCAGAAGACAGGAAGGCAGAGUCUGAGUCAGUUUCUCAGCUACCUCAGUGCCUGUGAAAGGCUGCUGCGGCAGGGCUACGAUGAGGCUCUGGUGGACGAGGCCAUGGAAAUGUUCCAGUUCUCCGAGCAUCAGGCAGGCGAGUUCCUGCGCCUCUGGCAGCAGUUCAGUGACAUGGGCUUCCAGCAAGACCGGAUCAAGGAGGUGCUGCUGGUCCACGGCAAUCAGCGUGAACAAGCCCUGGAGGAGCUGGUAGCCUGUGCCCAGUGAUGAGCCAGGACACUCCGUGAUGCCUGGCUGGCCAGUGAAGUACAUGCCUGCCACCCAUCCUAGCUGAGUGGUGGUGGCACACGCCUUUAGUCCCAGCACUAGGGAGGCAGAGGCAGACAAAUCUCUGAGUUCAAGGUCAUCCGGGCCUACAGAAUUCCAGGACAGCCAGGGGCUACAGAGAAAAAUCUUGUCUUGAAAAGCCAAAAGUAAUAACCAUAAUGAAAUAAAUAAAACCUGAUGUAG